AAAAAGGCGGAAAGUCUGAGAGCGGAAUGAAUCAUUUCUGUUGCAGGCCAACCAAUGGGGAGAGGAGAGAGCCAGCGACAGGCUAAUGAGAACUGCGCAGCGUGACCAUCCAGACUGACGUGGAAAAACGCGUAAAAUUGAUCUGGACUAACUACAGCCUCUAGGAUAUACAAAUUUGCCCUAAUCGGGUGAAGAUCACCUUGUGUCUAGCUUGCAACCCCGUCUGAAUAUUGUUCCCUCUCCACUCGACUGCUCCAUUGACGGAAAAGCAUUGUGCGUGUGUUUUUUGUGUGUUUGUGUCUAUCCGUCUGUGUGUGUGUGUGUGUGUGUGUGAGAGAGAGAGAGAGAGAGCACGGCUACAGCCUCUUAGCUCAACUCCAUUUCCCAGGUCAGACGAUACCAAGAAAAGGGGGGAAAAAAAGCUAUCAGCCAUUGCAAAAGGAGGAUUGUUAUUUUCUCUCUCUCUCUCUGUCACCCUUCCUUCCCCUCCACCCCCCCCCCCACCCCCACCUGCAAACUCAAAAAAGGAAAGAUUGCGGAAUACUUCUCGCUUCGUUGGGCGAUGGAUCAGACGUACGGAGAGGUCAACCAGCUGGGGGGCGUCUUCGUGAACGGGCGACCCCUGCCCAACGCCAUCCGCCUGCGGAUAGUGGAACUGGCUCAGCUGGGCAUUCGGCCGUGUGAUAUCAGCCGCCAGCUGCGGGUCUCCCACGGCUGCGUGAGCAAGAUCCUGGCCCGGUACAACGAGACGGGCUCCAUCCUGCCGGGAGCGAUAGGAGGCAGCAAGCCCAGGGUCACCACCCCGACCGUGGUGAAGUACAUCAGGGAAUACAAGCAGGGGGACCCGGGCAUCUUCGCCUGGGAGAUCCGGGACCGGCUGCUGGCGGACGCGGUCUGUGACAAGUACAACGUCCCCUCGGUCAGUUCCAUCAGCAGGAUCCUUCGCAACAAGAUCGGCAACUUGUCCUCAGCCUCCGGUCACUACGAAGCCCACAAGCAACUCACCCCCCAGGCCGCUCUGCCUUACAACCCUCUCUAUCAGUACUCCUACCCCGGGCACAUGUCCCCGGCCGCUACCAAGGUGGGCAGCUCCGCCGGCGUCCCGGUGCCCGGCCACGUUGGCAUCCACAGGACCUGGCCGUCCGCUCACUCCGUCACCAACAUCCUCGGGCUCAGAAGCAUCGUCGAGCAGGCAGCCGUUCACGGUGGAACGGAGACUUCCGUCUAUCAGACCAAGAUGGAAGACUGGAACAACGUCAAUCGAGCUGCUUUCUCAUCAGCUCAAAGUGUCAACGGGAUUGAGAAGCAGGCGAUAGACCCGGAUCUGAAAUACCCUCAGCCUCCGUCUGGCUUGCCAGCUGUGAGCAGUUUUGUUCCUGCAUGCGCUGUGGGCCCUUACCCUUCGUCCAACCAAGUGCCGGGUUAUGGAGUAUACAGUGGCCCUGGAGCCGGCUACAUGAGUGGACAUCACUGGCAGUCCCAGAGCAGCGGCCUCUCCCAGUCGGCAGGGCCCGGGAUUACCAUGCACGGAGGAGACAUUCACGCACCAAUGCCCUUCAAACACCUCUCAGCCAGAGAAGGUGGAUGCAGGAACAGAAAUGUAGUUCAGGAGUGGAGAGGUAAUCUGACUUGGAAAGGCCAGGAGGCGAAAAAUGAUAGAAAUCCCCCAUUGGACGUUGCGUGGGUGUCGGCCACUAGCAGUGCGGUGAAAAGUCCGAUUUCAUCAGAUCGUCAGAAUAAAGCAAACAGUCCAGCCCAUGCUUCCUCCAAUAUUUAAACUGACCUCGUUGUGGAGAAAAGUUCUGCACCAAGCUCCCACAGCCUGGAGUGUCAGUUGCAAAAUUCUCUUUCCAAAAGGUUUGUUGCCCUGCGCAGUUGCUUGCCUGAGACCAUUACGGCCAUGUUACCGUGCCCUUCAUAAGACAGAGCUCGCAAGGUAUAUUAUGAGUUUGACAGUCGUGCACAUCUGAAACACAUCUGCAUCAACACAAAAGCCAGAAAUGUAAUGGCAGAGUAAGUGGAUCAUUCCCGCGCUGUUGCCACCCAUCAAUACUUUGACACCAAAGCAGACAGAUGGGUCGAAGGAAAUUUGCCUCCUCCAGUCAAGGGGUGGUGGGGGUGGGGAAAUCAGUUGGAACGUUGGAAAAGUAUUGCACCUUAGCUUGCAACUCAAAUUCCCAAAAAGAAAAUUAACUUUUAAUUCCAGGAAAGUAAUUCACAAUAAAAUGCUCCAUUACAAUUUUGUAUCUUAAUAGCUCUUCCUACGCACUUGCGAAUUACGCAUUUGUGACAUGUUUUCUUGCUGGCUGUUUUUUUUUUGUAAUUUGAGGGACUACACAAGAAAGCUGUACUUCAUACAAGAGAAUCUAUAAACUGACCAAGGCAGCACCUCUGUUCAGAGUGGCUAAAGUGAGGAAAACAAAAAUUAAAUUCAGAACCUGCAUAUCUGAUCGACAUAGUGUUUGAAUAGAAAUGAGAAACAUUCCCACAUCAAAUAAUUGCAUAUUUGUUAUAUUUUUGUUGUAUUUAUUACAUGCUGAAUCUAGAGUCAGUAAUGAGCUUCUUAAAACCGAGCUUUUCUAAAUAAGAUGUUUCCUUAUGGUAAUGCAAUAAGUAAUGGUUCUAAAAUAAUUUUCCACCAGAAUUUUAUUGCUAAAAUAAUCAAUAAUCCAAGCGUCUCAAACAUGUAAAAGUUGUCUUGUUCUAUUCCUCUCUCAGCUUUUAAAAACUCCAUUUCCAAUGAAACAAAAAGACUUGCAUUUAUGUAGCACUUUUCAUGACCAGUAUUCAAAAUAUUUUUAUUGCCAAUGAAAUUCUUUUGAAAUGUAAUCAUUAUUAUAUUGUCGAAAAUCAAGCAGCCAAUUUGUACUCAAUAAGUUUUGUCAAAUGAUAAUGUGAUGGCAACGAGACGAUAUUUGAAACCUUUCCCCCUCAGUCAGAAGAAACGAACAUUUCUGCUUGCAAGUUCAAAGGUCGAUCGCACACAGUUAUAGAGUCAUAGAGUCAUAGAGAUGUACAGCAUGGAAGCAGACCCUUCGGUCCAACCCGUCCAUGCUGACCAGAUAUCCCAACCCAAUCUAGUCCCACCUGCCAGCACCCGGCCCAUAUCCCUCCAAACCCUUUCUAUUCAUACACCCAUCCAAAUGUUGCAAUUGUACCAGCCUCCACCACUUCCUCUGGCAGCUCAUUCCAUACACACACCACCCUCUGUGUGAAAAAGUUGCCCCUUAGCUCUCUUUUAUGUCUUUCCCCUCUCACCUUAAACCUAUGCCCUCUAGUUCUCAAGAAUCGAGUGCCUCUGACAGAUUUUGACACGACAUUUACUAUGAGCUACCGUGUUGGUAAGUUCCCCCUUUUUAAAGACUCAGCUGCAGAUCCAAUAAACAAAAUCUCUCUAUGACCAUCGCUCGCAAUGCAUAUGCUGCAAACGCUGAGCAGCACUGCGGCUGUGCACUGGUCUCAUGUGGUGUGGAUCAAGAGAUAUUGUCCACCUCAAUAAGUUGUUUUUGUGAUGUUGACUGAGGGGCAAGUACUGCCUAUGAUGCUGGUGGCAACCCCCCUGCUCUUGUUUGAAAUAGUGUCUUUCCCUUCAACUCCAGAAGGCAAAUGUAGCUUUGGCUGAACAUCUCAUCUGAAAGGCAUCACCUCUGAUAGUGCAAUAUUCCAUCUGCAAUACAUUGGAGCAUCAGUUUUGAUUUGUGUAUUGAAGACUUGGAGAGGGACAUGAAUCAGGAAUCUCAUGAUACAAAUGCCAAACGAGCCACAAAUGAACUGAAAGAAGACUCUUCAUUUGUUGUCAGAUAAUAAGACCCACAUGUUUUUAUUUUGGCCUGAUGAUGGUAUCCUUUUAAAAUGAACAAAUAAGUUUUAUACAGAAAGUGAGGACUGCAGAUGCUCGAGAUCAGAGUCUAGAGUGUGGUGCUGGAAGGACACAGCAGAUCAGGCAGCAUCUGAGAAGCAGGAGAAUCGACGUUUCGGGAAUUAGCCCUUCAUCAGGAAUCGGUUUUAUGUAUUAAUAUUAGUAUUUAAUGUUUAGUAUUUAAUAUUACCUCCAAAAAAUGAUCCAGUAAAUAACUUUACAAAUGCAGAUAUUGUUGUUAGUGUCUAAUUCUCUUAAAAUAAAAUGUAACAUUUUUCUACCAUGAA